CAGGGCUUUUGUGCAAUGCAGGAGGCAGGGCCAAAGCCGGCUUGGGGUAAAUAUAUACCAGGGCAUUCCAGGCUGGCUCGCCAUGCUGGGGAGGUGACUUCAUACACCAUGGAUCUGGUUGGGGCCAUCACCAUUUUCCUGGGCAUCUAUGUGUCCUGCCUCCUCGUCUCCGCCUGGAGAAAGCAGUCACGCUACAAGAACAUGCCCCCCGGGCCCACUCCCCUUCCGCUGAUCGGGAACUUCCUACAGAUGAAGGUGGGAGAAACCCUAAAAUCACUGGAGAAGCUGAGUGAGACGUACGGCCCGGUGUUCACAGUCUAUUUUGGGUCCAAGCCCAUCGUGGUGCUGUGCGGGUACAAGGCAGUGAAGGAAGCGCUGGUGGACCAGGCCGAGGAGUUCAGUGGCAGAGCCUCCCUGCCGACUGUCGAGAAGAACUUUAAUGGCUUUGGGGUGAUUUUUGCCAACGGGGAGCGGUGGCGGCAGCUGCGCCGGUUCUCUCUCACCGUGCUGAGGAACUUCGGCAUGGGGAAGCGAUCCAUCGAGGAGCGCAUCCAGGAGGAGGCUCAGUUCCUGCUGGAAACCUUUCGAAAUACAAAAGCGGAACCUUUUGACCCGACCUUCUUCUUGAGCCGGGCCGUCUCCAAUGUCAUCUGCUCCAUCGUCUUUGGUGACCGCUUUGACUGUGAAGACAAAGAAUUCCUGUCCUUGCUGCAGAUGAUAAACAAAAGCUUUAGGGAGAUCAGCACCCCGUGGUCACAGUUCUACGACAUGUAUGCAAAUUUCCUCAAAUACUUCCCCGGCCCUCACAUGAAAAUCUACUACAUACUGGAAGACAUUAGGAAAUUUAUUGAGAGGAGAGUGAAGCAGAACCAAGCAACACUGGAUGUCAAUUCCCCCCGGGAUUUUAUCGACUGCUUCCUGAUCCAAAUGGAAAAGGAAAAGCAAAACCCUUCUAGCGAAUUUAACACCAAGAACUUGGAGCUGACCACACUCAACUUGUUCUUCGCUGGCACGGAGACUGUCAGCUCCACCCUGAGAUACGGGUUCCUGCUCCUGAUGAAACACCCGGAGGUCCUAGGGAAGAUGCAUGAGGAGAUAGACCGGGUAAUCGGCCAGAACCGCGUCCCGGCCAUCGAGGACCGGAGCUGGAUGCCCUACACCGACGCCGUGAUCCACGAGAUCCAGCGGGUCAGCGACCUGAUCCCCAUGGACCUGGCCCACGUCGUGACCCGGGACACCCAGUUCAGAGGCUACACCAUCCCCCAGGGCACCGAGAUCUACCCCAUACUCAGCACCGUCCUACGUGACCCCAGCAAAUUCAAAAACCCCGAAAGCUUCAGCCCCGAGAACUUCCUGGAGGAGACGGGGUGCUUCCGGAAGAAUGACGCCUUCAUGCCCUUUUCCUCAGGUAAGAGGAUCUGCCUGGGCGAGGCACUGGCCCGCAUGGAGCUCUUCGUCUUCUUCACCACCAUCCUGCAGAGCUUCACUCUGAAGCCCCUGGUGGCCCCGGAGGACAUCGACAUCAAGCCACUGGAGAGUGGCUUGGCCAAAAUCCCGCCCUUCUACCAGCUCUGUGUGGUCCCUCGCUGACGGAGACCAAAGGAGACAAGGGCUCAGCAGAGGCUGACAGGGGCACCAGCAACAUAUCAGGCCUGAUUCUCAGUUACCCCCUCCUUGAGCUUGCUUUAAAGAAGCUUUAGACUUCUGUUACCUAUGAUGGACUCUGUUCCACCCUGGUGUCAGUUAGAGCAGCCUCGGGGCUGCUCUAACUCAUGCUAUGGGCCCUGGGGGACACGGAACAGCUACAGUGCAGUGUGGUCUGACUGCGCCCCCGAUCCGCCCUCUAUGGGCCCUGGGGGACAGAGAACAGCCCCAGCUCAGUGUGCUCCGGCCACGCCCCUUGUCUACCCUCUCCACCCGGGGCUGGGAGCAGUGUGGUGGGAUCAGGGCCCUUACACCAGUUCCACACCGACUGAGAAGGCCCCUGUGCGAUGUGUGUGUGCAGGGGAGGUCUUUGGGGGCCUGCCUGGCACUGACGUAUCUGCAUUGCUUGGAAUUCACCCUCGUUUACACCAGCGUGAGCGAAAACAAAAGCCAGGGCCGGGAUCGCCUUCAGCCCCAGGAGCAGAGAUCGUGUGUGAACACAGGCAGGGGCUGCGUCGCUCCAAUCCGCACGCAGGAGCAGCGUAGCGAUCCCAGCCCUGGGGCAGACAGCGCGAGGUCGGGGGACGAAUUCUUCCCUCGCCCCAGCGAUGCCUUUCGGGGAGGGGGAUGAAAUCUGCCCGGCUCGUUGCUGUGUUUCCCUGCUGGAAAGCAGGGAGCCCCGUCGUAUGCCCCUGGCCUGAGAUCUAAACGCUUGACGCUUGCUUAGGCAGACGCUCCUGGCUGGACUCAAUGAGAUGUUCCCACGAUGAAGCUCUCAGCUGUUACUGGGUGUUCUCCUGACAAUGUGCUGGGCCUAUAAUGACGGUGACCCUUCCUACGUUCCCCGGGGAGGAAAGCUGCCUUUACGCUUCCUUAUUCUGUAUUCAUUCAUUUUUCCCCAUCCUACCGCUUGUAACUAUUUCAGCAUCGAGCUUAUUAAAGAC